AUGUCACGCCCUGCAACCUGUGCCAGCAAUGCAAACAAACACCCUGGAGAUAUUGUCCACAUCACAAACCAGCAGCAGCACUCAAAAAAGGAGAUCACUGCUGAAAAAAAAGAAAAACAGAAACAAGAUAAACAAGCAGCCAAGAGCACUGCAGCAGAACAAGCGCGCACCAAGACUGCCAUGCAGGAAGAUGUAAUGGCCAUUAAGCAACAAGCUCAGCUUACAGGCCCGCCAAAACUCAUUAGACCACAACCAAGGCCUCACAUUCCUGGAAAAAAAGGCACAGAACCCCAGACUGAUCCAGGAGACACACAACCAACUGCACCAACGAAGUUAGCAGCUACUCAGAAUACAGAGCAGAAGAGGCAUGCCCCAUUACAACUCAAGUUUAAAGAGAGUGUAAUGGCAAACCAGAAAGUCUCAAAUUCUGGCAUUUCUGUAUCUGACAGUGGGAGCAAAACACGUGUUGGAAGCACUGUCAGCAAAUACAUCACCAAAUCGCUUCAAAGUUCUAAGCAACUGGGUGCUGAAGGUGUUGUCAAGAAUUGGGCUGACAAAGUCGCCAAAUCUGCAAAGAAGUCCCAGGCCAAAUCGAGCAAACCAUCAGCACCUACUAAUGUCUGCACCACUGUCCCAGAUGACAUUGACAUUGAGUUGGAUGACGAUGUACCUGAGGAGUAUGAACCUCAUAAAGGAGGGGAUGGAAAAAAACCCAAGAGCACACAAAAGGGUAAAAAAUGUGCGUUUUCAGCUAUCAAGGACUCAGAAUUCGAGGAAGCAGCUGACCCCAAGAACGAAGAGGUGCUCGAAAUGCUUGAUGACCCCAACACUGCUGUGAAUGGUGAUGAUGGUGAGGACCAAAUCCAAGAUAGUGAUGUGGACAUGAAGGUUGCUGUUUGUUCGACAACAUCUAUGUCCACAGACAUCUCCAACAAACAAACAGCUAUGAAGUGCAUCAAGACAGAGGAGGCUACUAGCAAGGCAGCAUCCAUCAACUUGAAAAAGGUAAAGCCCAGGAAUGCUCAUAUACCUGACAACAUUGCCAAGAGCUGGAGAGCGACAUUCCUUCCUGUGCUCAUGUACUGGGUUGGAAAUUCUAGCUACGGCUGGUCCAUCCCAGAGGAAGAUCUCUCCAAUGCGCUUUAUGAGAUAUCUAACUGUAUUGGUGGUAAGAACCGGGGGGGCAUGAGAAGGUUGACACCCUGGACAGUGGAAUGA